AUGUCCUCAUCACCUCACGCAUCAUCCAGUUCCCCUGUACCACAACACGACGAACGCACCUCCUCAUCCAGCAGCCCCUGCCCUCCCCCUCCUCCUCUUCCCCCAACAAACUCCGACGAUGAAGUCCGCCGCCUUCUCAUCAACACCCCCGUCUGCAAACAAGUAACUGACGAAGACCUCGAUCUCGCACGACAAAAAUUCGAGCUCAUGAUGACCAAACGAGUCGACGCCCUAGUAGCAAAAAUCAACGAGCACAGAAACCCGCUUCCUCCACCCAAGGCAAAGAGAUCUCCAGUCUUUGACUUUUCGCGGAUCGAUGUCGAGCUUGUGAGAGAGACGGCCUCUUGCGUUGGAGAAGCAGUUGAGGGAGAUGCGCGCAUGGGAGAUGCAGGCAUGGAAGACGCAGACAAGGGAUAUGCAAGCAAUGGAGAUACAGGCAAGCGAGAUGCUGCACAUGAUGGAGAAUAA